CAAUGAUCGGUGAUAAGAUACGCAAUACCGUAUUUUGACUUUUUCAACCUUUAUUUUACGCUAUUGAUUAUUGAAUUAAUUGUACCAAGGUCAAGCAAUCCUGGUGCCCUGGUUAAGGUCAAGGUGAAAACCAAAGGUCCAAGGGGCGUGACAUCUGAGGCGUCAUCAUCUGAGGCGUGCUGUGCUGAGCGUGACCAAACAAAAAGCGAGGGCUGCAGCAGGGGAUUGAAAACGUCUGUGGUCUGACCUCUGACCUAGCUCUCAUAGUCUAACAGCAAAUAAAGCAUUGAAGUGUGCAACCAAGUGCGCAGCAGCAAUGGCAUCUGGUGUCGAGUUACCAGCCCCGAGCAAGCUGCCACACAUUGUGCCUCGCACCAUACCAGGCGGCAGCCUUCAGCCAGAGAUUCGGGGUGCCAUGGAUUGGGGCUGGCAGGGUCUGCUGGCAUACAGCUGCAACUACACAGUGGUGGUGAUUGACCCUUUGACGCAGCAGCUCGUACAGACCCUCGACAAACACAAGGCCCUCGUCACCAAGGUGAAAUGGCAGCGCUCUCAGCUGGAUGCCCGGUUUGCCUACCGCGCCGUGCUGGCAUCAGCUGAUGCCAGUGGACACAUUGUCAUCUGGGAUGUCAAGGAGGGCUUCUUCACCAUGGUCCUGCAGGACAGCUGGCGUCCGGUCUCUGACAUGAGCUGGGUGUACCACACGGACGGCUGCGGACACAUGCUGCUGGCCGCCCACCCGCCCAACUCGCUCGUCCUCUGGGACACCGACAACGGAAACAAGCUCUGGAAAAAGACCUACAAUGAACAGCUUCUGAGCUUCGACCUGGAUCCGUUCGACCCGCGCAAACUGGCCCUGCUGUGUCCGUCCUCGGUGCUAAUGGUGGACGACUUCGCCGUGGCCAAGUGUCCCAGCUCGGGCGGUACCAGGGUGCAGCUGUCGGCGCUGCGCAGCUCGGCCGGCGGCGGCGCCUCCUCCUCAGCGCCCACUACACCAACCUAUGACGAAAAGUCCACGAAAGAUAAGCUAAAGAAGAAGGUCCUCGAUCUGGUCACUGGCGACAUACCCGGGCCGGAGGAGGCGGCGCUCGGCCAGCAGGAGUGCGUCCAUCUGAGCUACCACCGCGCGCGGCGCCACCUGCUGCUGCUGGUGUUCGGCAGGCAGGUGCUGCUGGUCGACACGCAGCUGGGCCGCGCCGUGGGCGCCGUGCCGGCCGACAAGUCUGGCUCGCCCUUCACCCAGGUGAUGAGCUGUUCGCGCGCCGACGCCCUGCUGACGGUGUGCGAGUCCGGUGCAGCGGCGGUGCGCACGCGGGCCGCCGGCGACGAGCUGUCGUACGAGUCGCGCGGCCACACGGACGCGCCGCGGCUGACGCGCCACCUGCGUCUGUCGGCGGCGGCACUGGACCCGGCCUCGGAGGCGCGGCUGGCCGUGCUGCUCUCGGACGGCCGCUCGCUGCUCUGGGAGCUGGGCGCCGGUGGCGGCGGGCGCCGGCCGCUCUGGCCGCGGCCGCCGGCGCGCCUGCUGCUCGCCGGCCUCCUGACGCCCGGCCCGGCGGCGCCCACCGUGCUGCGCAUGUGCCCGCCGCUCACCACCAAAAACUGGCAGGAGUUUGUGCCGCGGCUGGCGUGCGGCACGGCGGCCGGCGCGCUGCUGGUACUAGACGUGGCGCGCGGCUGCGUGCUGGCCGAGCUGGCCGCCCACUCGGCCGCCGUCGCCGGCAUCGAGUGGUGCAGCCUGACGGCGCUUCUGUCCUGGGCGCGGCCGGCGCCGGCCGGCGGCGGCGGCGGCGGCGGCGGCGCGCGCAGCGAGCUGCUGCUCACUGACGUGCGCACCGGACAGUCGAUAGCGCCGCGCGCCGAGCGCGCCGACUCCGAGCCGAUCGGCUCCGUGCGCGUGUCGCCGCUCAAACAGUACUUUAUCGUGGUGUUCCGCGAGCAGCCGGCCGAGCUGUGGGAGCUGAGCUCGCUCACCCAGCUGCGCGCGCUGCCGGCCUCGCUGCCGCCGCUGACGGCGCUCGAGUGGUCGCCGGUGCACAGCGCGCGCCGGCGCGCCGGCUCCGGCGCCUCCGAGACGGACGGCGCGCGCGCGCUGGCCAAGGAGCACUUUGUGUUCACCGACCCGACCGGCCAGAUGUACCACUUCUCCGUGGAGGGGAAUCAGGUGCGCGACGGUACGCGCAUCCCGGCCGACCCGGCCGUGGGCACGGUCACUGGCAUCGGCUGGAAGGGGGAGCAGCUGGUGCUGGGGGACGCCGAGGGCCAGCUGUGCAUCUGGGACCUGGCCAAGCAGCUGUCCCACACGGUACCCACCCACCGCGGCGCCAUCCGCAAACUCAAGUUCGCGCCCGGCCGCGGCAACAUGAAACUGCUGGUGCUGUUCGCUGACGGCGUGGACAUCUGGGACACCAGGACGGACCAGCGUCUCUCACAGCUGCGGUCGCCGCGCGACGGCCACCCGGUGCACGACUGUGACUGGGUCUCCUCCGACAAGCCGGUGCUGCUGACGGCAGACAACUGCGUGCGCGUCAUGGAUCUGGAGCUGCGCCAGGCCAGCUCUCCGACCGAUCUCUACCAGUACAGAGAGCCGGUGUGCCACCCGUGCCUGAUGAGUCUGGGCUCCGUCUCGGCUCUGGAACAGUACCUGUUCAAUGCCGGCGAGGGAGACUACACCGGCGACGACAGAGGUGUGUGUCAGUUUCUGCAGACGCUGCCGGCCGACCUGCUGGCCUGGCUGCGCGCCGCCGAUACUCCUCCCGAGCAGCGCGGUCUGGUAGCCGCCCACCUGCUGGGGAACGAGUCGGCUGCGCGGCUCUGGAGACUGGCCUGCCACCACCUCGGCCGGCGCCGGCCCAGCGCGGACGGCAAAUACACCGACUUUAUCGGACCAGAUUUCGAUCUGCUCUGCGACUCGGAAAUGUAUCUGGAGCAGCUGCGGGACCGGGUGGCGCUGCGGCUGGGUCAGUGGCCGGCCGCCGGUGCCGCAGACGAGGUGACCCGUCAGCUGGUGGCGCUGGGACAGCCCGAGCGGGCGGCGCAGCUGCUACUGGAGACGGAGCCGGCCGACACGGGCUUCUACACCAACUGUCUGAGGGCGUGUGUGCUGACGUCUGGACCCCGCGCCGGCGACGGCAGCGGCGUGGCCAAACUGGUGGCCACCAGCCUGAUCGCCGCCGGACACGUGCACAAGGGUGUGGAGAUUCUGGUGGUGGCCGGCCAGGCGGCCGACGGCUGCCGCUACCUGCAGGCGUCCGGUCUGUGGGAGGAGGCCCUGCUGCUGGCGCGCUGCCGCCUGGCCGCCGCCGACGCCGCCGCCGUCAUCGGAAAACACGCCGACCACCUCAUCUCGGUGGGCAGAGAGCGCGAGGCCGUGCUGUUUCUGAUAUCUGCGGAGCAGUUUCCGAGGGCGGCGGAGCUGGUCCGACGGCGCGACGCCCCGCUCCACCGGAUUCUGGAGACGGUGGCCGCCCGGGGCUGAGGGCGCCCGCUGACAGAGCGUAGGGGCUCCACCGGAUUCUGGAGACGGUGCACACUGGGCCGGGGGUCCGGAAAAGUGCUAGAAAUUAUUUGUGAUUGAGUUGUUGAUCUCAGUGACAAGCAAACAUGCUAAAAACGAAGUGGGGCUGCUUAACCCUCGCCGGACCUAUUGUCGGACCCCCACCCCCACGGCCGGCCGAGGGGGGAGGGUUGGUACGACCACUUUUUGCCGUUUCGCCCCUAAUGGAGCUAGAGCCUCGCGGAAAAAACUAGCGUGUGCGCCGUUUCAAGGCGGAACAAUCGAUACCCGAUUUUAAGGUUCCAGGUCAACCGGUAACCUCUGAGGUGAAGUCAAAAAGCCCAAGGUAGGGUUUGUUUUUGGCAAAUAAUUUCGCAAAAAAUGGCCGCAGAGCAGCGAUUUUGGCACCAUCGUGUUCGUCUGGCUCAGGCGCGUCGAAUGGUAUACCUUUUGUUCGGGUGAAGUCAACUUAAGGUAUUAUUGACCUCGAGUCAAGGUCAGUUCAGAGCCCAUCAGGCCACGAACUUAAUCGAAGGAGGUCGUAUCGCAUAUCAUUCGAUUCGGGAGGUCUUUCCGAGUCCAUUGGUGGCUUUCCCGAGUCGCUGGCUCAAUUUGAUCAUGAGUUAUUGACGAGAAACUCCUAUGAGCGGUGUGACGUCAUAAAUGACGUCACGGAAGGUCAAAAAUGCAAACGUAAAGCAUCGGAUCUUGCAAGGAGUGCACGAAAUCACGAUUCCGUGUGCUUGAGAUAGUUUGAAAUCAUUCCAUGCGCAAAAACAACAGUUUCCUUAUUUCCCCAUUCACUUUUAAUGGUGAGGUCACGUGACCUCGAAGAGUAGCAGGCAUUAGCAAAAAUUGCGAGUAGGGCAUGACAGAAAGAUGAUUGGUGGUUUGUAUGGCAUGGCCAUUUUUAACGGCUCGAAAUAACAUUUCUCAAAAAGUCUAACUAAAGAGCAAGUUGUUGUUGAUUAUCACUGACUUGUGUUUAGGGGUUAAUUUAAUGACUGAAUUUUUGAGUUUGGCCCAGAAAUGUUGACAGCAUUGUGUGCGUUGAUCAAUUCUGAGCUCAGGGACAUAUAUUUCAUUUAGAUUAUAAGCGUUUGUUUGAGGUGACAAUUGCCCCUACAUCAUGUGGUUUACUGGCGCAUAUCUCGAAAAGUAGCAGGGAAAAGCAGCAAAGCACCUAUAUGGAACAAAAGAUGAGUAAUCAGAGGCUAGUAUGAAAUGUUCAUUUUUAGCCGCUCGAAAUAACGUUUUUAUAAAAGUCUAAUUAAAAAAUUGGAUAUGAUUUUAAAUUACGUCUUGCAGCUGCUUGCAAACAGCUAGCUUAUCUUGCAGAAAAGCGAUGCAAUAUGUCAGAAUGAUGUUGGCACAGUGAACAACAGUGCCCUGAACUAGUCUGACAGGAAAUUUCGUUCAAAACGACGAUUGGUCAACUAAUAAAUUACCACUAAAGUUCAUCAUUAAAAUCGGUAAAUGUGGUGGCCUCUAGAGAGUCUAAAUUGUCUUGUGUUUGGUGACAACUGACGACCUCAAAUUUGACCUUAGGGCAAAACUAGCAUCGGAAUCGUAUUCUUCGAUCAAUUUGGGAUUAAAUGAUACCUAUUUUGUUCAUAUUGCUGAUAGUCAGUUUGGGGGAUUUUCUAGCGCUUUUUCAGGCUGCCGGCCUACAGUGCGGUGGCCGCCCGGGGCUGAGGGCGCCCGCUGACAGAGCGUAGGGGCGCCCCGCUCCACCGGAUUCUGGAGACGGUGGCCGCCCGGGGCUGAGGGCGCCCUUCCAGUCCGGGGCGCCCCGCUCCACCGGAUCCUGGAGACGGUGGCCGCCCGGGGCUGAGGGCGCUGAUGGCGGUGUGUAAGGACGACCUCCCCUGCAUACCAAACACGUGAGCAUAAGGCUGACUGGAUAGCCCGGUAGCGAGUUACCAGUGUGAGAAAGAAGCGAUCGAAAGGAGCAAUGUAAAUUAUCUAUUGCACUGUCGCUCUAUUUUCAAUACAGUGUGCUCCCUGUCAUGAACGAGUGGUUCUUUUCAUGCAGAUAUGAUUGAAAUGUGCAUUUUGUGAAUCGUCUGAAUGGGCACCAGACUGCCUGUACUGCGCUGAUGGCAAAACUGAACCAGUCCGGCUAGCUGGUCCCGCCGGGGGCCUAGCCCGGUUAGCUGGUCCCGGCGGCGACCACCGCGACGCUCGACGUAGCCCUUCGGUUAUCGAUUGUGAAUGGCUUAUUGUCCAAAUCAGGGGUUGUUGUGUUUGCUGAUUUCAUCAUUACCAUAGUUUAUGCCUACGUAUGGCUAUAAUGAUAACGUGUGGCGUGUGCGCCGUCCCCUGCUCUUGUGGUCGGGAUCGGUUGCGGUGCGGUGCUCGGUGUGCUCGCUGUGUGCGCUGAACUCUGCCGGUAGCCGGUCCGCCGUCGGGUCUGUGUGUGUCCGAUCAGACGGCCCGCUGUUGGUCAUUGUGUGCCGGAUCAGAAUGUGUCGGAUCAGACGGCCAGACGGCAGUCACUGUUCGGUACGUACUACCACUGAUAGUGGUGUUGGCUGCUUGGCGUCAGACAUUCACGCCGAGUGUGUGAUGCGGCAUAUUAUUGCAAUAUUGUUAUUGCAUCCGUAGAGCUAUUAGCUUCGAGUACGCAGAUAUGGCUGGGAAUCAAACUAAAAUAACCGCUAAUUGAGCCAUAUUUUUAUACGCUUGGGUCGUGUUACCACAUUCCGGAGCAAGCAGCUUUUCCUGGUGGCAUUGUCAAGUGUUAGUGUAUAUGCAUUAUUACGCCGCGUAUCCGGAUAUAGUUGUUGUUGUUGUUGUUUGACCCCCCGGCUACCGCCGGAGCGGUAGCGUAGCCGACCGGCUCUUGUGGGCCAUGUAUCCGGCGGCCAAGGCCGCCACCACGUCGUCGCGCCGGACAUCGUGGGCCGCGCCGAUGAUGUUGCCCAGCGCACGGAGCCGGGGGCCGUACAGGCACGGGCAUUCCAGCAACACGUGCGCCGGGGUGUCCGCUGCUUCAGAGCAGACUAGGCAGCGGCCCGCAGGGCAUUCCUUGUCGUCGCAUUGAGCGCACUCAGGUGUAGGUCUUCGACCAAUCCGGUGGAGGUACUGCUCCGAUCGGGCCCAGUGGCCAGACCGGAGCUGGUGGAUGUCGACGGCCUCCUCCCUGGUGGCGGUCCGGACCGGGGCGGGGGCGCGGUCCCCCAUGACGGUGCGGUACCAACCGGCCGGCCAGUCCGCCUGCCACUUCCUCUUGGAGUGCCGCGCGACAGCCCGCGUAAGAGUACGGACAUCCACCGGCGUUGACUGCUGAGGAAGAGCGGCCGCCUCCUUGGCCAGGGCGUCCGCUCUUUCAUUACCGGCGAGCCCACAGUGGGCCGGGACCCAUUGCAGCGUGACCGUGCUGCCGUCGGCCGUCAUGCGCCGGAGCUGGGCCCACAGCCUGGCGCCCAGUGUCGAGGCCUGGGCCGCAGCGCCUCCAGCCAGGAGCAGCAGAGCCGCCUUCGAGUCCAGGCAGGCGACUACAGGCACUCCUCUGCAGCCCGGCAGCUCGGCGGCCGCCUCCAGAGCUGCCAGCAGCGCGGUGAGCUCCGCGCGGGUGCUGGAACAGAAGCGGCCCGCCGGCACCCGUACCUCCAGGUCGUCUCCGUUUGGUGGGCGGAGCAGCGCGCCGCCGCCACCGUUCUCCACGCCGCCCUCCGCCGAGCCGUCCGACCAAACCCAUACGGCCUCGGGCGGGAGCUCUCGGAUGCGCUCCUCCGCCGCGGCUCGGCGGGUCUCUGCAGAUAUCGCGCGGCUGGCUCGCGGACCGAGGUCCAGAUGGAAUUGGACGGCAGUACUGUCGGUCCACGGCGGCAGGGAGUGGUGUAGUCGGGUCUCCACUGGGAUGUCUUUAGCCCCGGCGGCUGACAGCGCAGCGAGCCCCACCUCUCUCCAUCCCUCGGUGGUACGUAGUCGGCGCGGGACGACCGCUUCACCCACUGUCCUCAGCGGGUCGCCCUCCGGGAGGGACGCGGCGAGGCCCACCAUUCUUGCCGCUAGCGUCACGCGGCGGGACCGCGCGUCUGCCAUCCCGGCCUCCGACAUUAGGGCGUGGACGGGCGUAGACGCUGCGCAGCCUGUCACCACACGGGCCGCGGCACGCAGCUCUCUCGCUAUGAUCUCCACGUGUGUUGGGGGGGGUCGCCGGCAGCCAGGCGGCUGCACGGUAUGUGAUUCGGUAUCAUGUGAUGAACAAUGAAUUGACCCAUGGGUGGGUUAUGCGGCUAUGACCUUGUUGCUGUGUGUGGGUGCAUUUAUUUUAGAAAUUACCGACAUUCGACAGUUGUCUCGGAGUAUGUCCAACAUAUGAAGAAGUAUUUAAUAUAUGUGUGUGUUUUCAAA